UGUGCAUUCUGACCUGCAGCCUUGGAAAGAUUGUUGGAACUACAAACCAGGAAGCGACAAAUAAUAUGCUUUAAACUACACUAGCACUUGUCUUUUACAUGGAAAAACAUCUCAUAACAAAAUUAGGAGACUGAAGCAGUGAUUUUGUGUAAUUGUCAUUAAAUAUUUGGCGCUCUGCUUCGGAUAGAGUUUGAAGCACACUUGGAAUACAAAGCUUUCUGGGCCAGAAAUUGAUCUGCUGACUUUUGAGCCUUAUCUGAUUACUUCUUAGUUUAUCUUUGUUUUGUUAAACUACUCUGUAGGCUGAAACGGGAGACUCUACUUUGUCUGCAGAGUUUGACCAGACAAGAAUUCUGGCAACUUCUCCAGCAGAACUAUGGCACUGAGCUAGGUUUAAAUGCUGAAGAGAUGGAAAACUUGUCACUGUCGAUUGAAGAUAAUGUUCAUCCAAGCAGUCCCGGCAGAAGUGGUGUGGAUGAUUCUGGGGAAAGAGAUGAAAAAUUAUCCAAGUCUAUCAGUUUUACCCGUGAAUCAAUUCAUCGAGUUUCAGAAACAGAGUCAUUGGAUGGAAAUUCAUCGAAAGGAGCAUUAGGGAAAGAGGAACCCGAAAGUGAGAAACAGAUCAGAAAGAGUCCUUUACUAACUUCAGAAAACAGGUUAAGUAGAAUGUCAUCAAAAUCACUGGAUUUGAAUAAAAAUGAAUAUCUUUCCCUGGACAAAAGCAGCACUUCAGAUUCUGUUGAUGAAGAAAAUUUUCCUGAGAAAGAUCUUCAAGGAAGACUUUAUAUCAAUCGUGUUUUUCAUAUCAGUGCUGAGAGGAUGUUUGAAUUGCUCUUCACUAGUUCAUGCUUUAUGCAGAGAUUUGCCAGUUCUAGAAAUAUAAUAGACGUGGUGUCUACUCCUUGGACUGUAGAAUCUGGAGGUGAUCAGCUAAGAACAAUGACUUACACUAUAGUUCUUAAUAAUCCACUUACUGGAAAGUGCACUGCUGCCACUGAAAAGCAGACAUUGUAUAAAGAAAGUCGAGAAGCACAAUUUUAUUUAGUAGAUUCAGAAGUACUGACACAUGAUGUCCCCUACCAUGAUUACUUCUAUACACUGAACAGAUACUGUAUCAUCCGAUCUUCAAAACAGAAAUGCAGGCUAAGAGUUUCCACAGAUUUGAAAUACAGAAAACAACCAUGGGGCCUAGUCAAAUCUUUAAUUGAGAAAAAUUCCUGGAGUUCAUUGGAGCAGUAUUUUAAACAGCUUGAAUCAGAUUUGUUAAUGGAAGAAUCUGUGUUAAAUCAGUCCAUUGAAGACCCUGGAAAACUUAGCGGCCUACGAAGGAGAAGGCGAACAUUCAACCGAACAGCAGAAACAAUUACUAAGCUUUCUUCUCAGCAUUCUUCUGGAGAUAUGGGCUUAGAGACCAAAGGGGAUAUUACAGGAAAGAAAAUGGACAGUUGUAACACUGCUCUUAUUGUGGUGAUGAGUAUUUUUUUGCUGUUGCUAGUUUUGUUGAAUGUGACACUGUUUCUGAAGCUGUCAAAGGUAGAAUAUGCUGCUCAAUCCUUUUACCGUCUCCACCUCCGGGAAGAGAAAUCUUUAAAUCUAGCCUCUGAUAUUGUCUCGAGAACUGAAAACAUUAAAAAGAACAAAGAUCAGGCUCAUCAUUUAAAAGGAGUGCUCCGAGAUUCCAUAGUGAUGCUUGAACAGCUGAAGAGCUCACUCAUUAUGCUUCAGAAAACCUUCGAUCUACUAAAUAAGAACAAAACUGGCAUGGCUGUCAAAAGCUAGUUAUCUAUGGAUUGAAACUGUAGAGCUACUCGGAACAAUAGAAAAUAUUGGGAAGAAAGUCAAAGGAUGAAGGAUUUUCAUUGUCAUAUGAACAUUUUCACAUUUUCAUAUUAUUUGGAUUCCUAAUAUGAAAUUCUUUUUAAUAACAUGUUUGAUAAUUAUUCUCU